GUGAAUGGAAGGUGCACAAGUCCUAAUACAUGCAUAUGCUCUUCUGGAUGGAGUGGUGCUGCUUGUACUACAGCAAACUGUCAACAAGGCUGUGUGAAUGGAAUCUGCUCUGCCCCAAAUAAAUGCACAUGCACUGGUGGAUGGACAGGCUCUUCUUGUGAUCAAUUUAUCUGCAGUCCCAGUUGUGUACAUGGCAGGUGCACAGGUCCAAACCAAUGCACAUGUGACUCUGGAUGGACAGGAUCCACAUGCUCUAAUGGGUGUUCAAGAUGUGUGAAUGGAAGAUGCACUGGUAAUCGCUGUGUCUGCAAUGCUGGCUGGACUGGUUCAGCUUGUGAUCACAGAUCUUCAACAUGUUCGAGAUGCAUUAAUGGACUAUGUAUUAACAGUCAAUGUGCAUGUAAUGUUGGAUGGAGUGGCUCUGCCUGUGAUCAACCUAUAGAUGAAUGCAGCAGAGCAGGAAUAAUAUGUAAAUAAAACUAUUACUGGAACUUGUUGCCUUA